GGGGCCCCGCGGCGCCCAGCGGCGCGGGACUGGAGGAGGCGGUGGACGCCAGCAGCCUGCAGGAGGACUCCUUCGAGGCGCUCACGCCCUCGUCCGCGCCGGGCUCCCCGCGUGAGGGGGCGGCCUCCCCGCGCAGCGGCGCCGCGCCGCCCGCGGCCGUUUCGGCGGCCUCGGAGGGCGCCGGGCUGGCGGAGGGCUCGGCCGAGGCCGCCGGCGUCCAGGAGCGCUCGGUGGCAGAGGAGGGCCCGUCGUCGGAGGAGCGCCCAGUGGCCGAGGAGGGCUCGUCGGCAGAGGAGGGCCCGCCGCAGAUCGCCGUGGUGCCCGCAGAGGAGGGCCCGUCGGCGGAGGAAGGCCCGCCGCCUCAGAUCUCGGUGGUGCCCGCAGAGGAGGGGCUCGAGUGGCUCAAGAAGGCUGUGUCCUGCACGUCCCUCAGCGAGUGCUUCUGA